AUGGCUUUGGAUAUCGCACUCGUCGCUGCACGAACAGGACUCCUAAAAUAUAACGCCGACGAUGCUGACCGACCAUGGGCUCUCUUCGAAAUUGCCAAACUCCACCAGAGUCGAUAUUCAAAUCUCCGUUUACCCGAAGAUCUCGAAGCAGCUCGAGAACUUUACCUAGAGGCAGCACAGACCGAGACAGAUAACUCGAAAAAGGCCAGAUACUUAAAUAACUUGGGUAUCAUCUUCCAGUACAGGUACGAAGCGACAGGUGAUGCGUCCGAUUUAGACGAUUUUGUGAAGUAUACCGAAGAAGCAGCGCUUCUCGCCCCCGAAAGUAUUAAGCCAGCGGUUUUGCAAAAUUAUGCAAAUGCUCUUCAAACUCGUUUCUACCAACAAGAUAAUAUAGACGACCUUGGGAAAUGUAUCGCGACAUAUCGAAUAGCGUUGAGCUUACCCAAGGCAAAUCGACCAAAGAUUUGCAGUAGUUUAUGCAGUGCGCUCACUACCUUCUUCGAAAUAAACGACGCCAUAUCAGAUUUAGAAGAGGCCUGCACUCAUGGCGAAGAGGCUGUGGAUUCUACGGACGACGAUAAUCCCAUGAAAGCUUUGUUUUUGGACAGCUACUCAAUAGCUCUUCAUACUCUAUACACAACGACACAGUCGGAAGGCUAUCUGGAACAAGCAACCACUCACGGAUUGGCCGCCGUCAUAUUGGCGGAAGAACAUGGUCUAUCAAAUUUGGCAAGUUUCAGAGUCAAUCUGGGGAUUCUCUUUGCAACGAAAUACAAGCGGGAUAGAACCUUGGACGACUUGGAUGACGCUAUCGAUCAGUUUACUUCGGCAGACACUUCCAUGAACGCACAGAAUCCAAGUUAUGAGAGACUUCUGUUUAAUAUGGGCAUCGCUUUCCGUAUGAGAUUUGAGCAUACGGGUAUGGAGGCAGAUCUCAACUCCAGCAUUGAUGCUUGUACUAAAGCUGUGAAGCUAAACAUGACUAAUGCGGACGUAAGAGCUCAGUCAAAAACAGCUCUAGGAAACGCUUUUCUUCGUAAAUAUGAUCUCCAUGGCUCACCUGACUUUCUCGACGACGCUGCAAAAUUGCACAACGAAGCUUUGGAGUACACACAAGACAAAAGUUCGCUUGCAGAUAUAUAUCACAACCUCGGUGCUACAUUACAAGCUAGAUACGAACUUCGAGGUUCGCUGGAGGACUUGGAAGCAGCAUUGGCGGCAGCGGAGAAGGGGAUUCAAAUUUCGAAUGCCAAUCUUCCCGGGUACGCGGCUUCUUUGUGA